UACGUUAUUGAUCAUUGAUUCUCUCGGUCAUGUAGGAGAUUCUGAAGAGUCUUGUGGCCGCGCCCCUGGACGGUGGGGAGGCGGGACAUGAAGUUGGCCCCACCCCCUACCACCCUGAUCCCGCCCUCAAGACACACCCCAUGCAGUUCCACUCCUUCGACAGGUCGGUGAUGGUGCCAGUCAAGAAGCCUCCUCCCGGCGGCCUGUCAGUGAACACAGUGGGCACGUCCACCGCCAGCGGAGCGGUCACACCAGGAAGUACACCUAACAUAUUUGCAGCUGCUACGGCAACGCCCAAGAGCAUGAUCAACACCACAGGUGCCACAGAGACGGCCUCCUCUUCCUCCUCCUCUUCCUCAUCCUUUGUUAACGGAGCGACCAGUAAGAACCUACCAGCCGUACAGACAGUGGCUCCCAUGCCCGAGGACACCGUAGAGAGCAUGAGUGUCUAUUGUGAGGUGGAGCAGUGUGCGCAACGCAGCGGUUUGACGCCCCCUGAGCUCAAGCCCUUUAGCGCUCUGGCAGGCUUCCAGACAGCCCCCCGCGAUGCAGGACAGUGUCUUAGGCAAGGACACCUAACCCAAACCACUACCCGCGACCUCUGAACCCCAGAGUCGACCUCUAUAACCCCUGAAACAGCCUAUCAGCCAUGAUAUCAAGGACUAUAUAUAGCAUGUUGUGAUCUCUAACCUCUAACCCUUACUAACCUCUAACCCUUACUA